AUGCUGGUCAUCGAGCCGGCGAAGAACAUCAGCCGCUCCGUCAGCCUGCACCUGGUGCGCUUCGACCAGGCGCAGGCCAUCUCCGCCGUCAUGGUGGCCGAGGACCUGGCGUCCGUGCAGGUGUUCACGCACGAGAUCGACUGCGUGCAGCGCUCGCUGCGCUCAUCGCUGCUGUUCGAGCCGGAGGCGGGCCGACCGCCGCCGCGCUGGUUCCUGCCGAACCACAGCCGGCUGCGGGGCCGCACACUGCGCGUGGCCACCACGGCGGCCGUGGACACGAUCUACGCGCGCUACGAGACGGUGGGCGGCCGGCGACGCACGGUCGGCGUGGAGGUGAACAUGCUGGAUGCGGUGGCCGGCGCGCUCGGCUUCCGCUACGAGCUGGUGGAGCCGGCCGAGCUUGACGGCCUGUUCGGCGUGGAGCGCGACGACGGCUCCUGGACGGGAGUGAUCGGUAUGGUGGUGGACGGUCAGGCGGACAUGGCCAUCGGCGACAUCUCCGUGACGCUGGCCCGCAGCCGCGUGGUGGACGUCACGUACCCGUUCCACCAGGAGCCGACCUGGACGCUACUGGCCGCCGCGGUGCUCGUCGUCACGCUCAUCUUCUGGGUCGUGCCGGGCCUGGUGGGCGGUGAGCGCGGCCGCUGGGGACGGCUCGGUGCCGCCGGCUUCCUGGUCUGGGGCGCUAUCACUGGCCAGCACCAAAUGCGCGACCCGCGCCGCGGCUCCAGCCGCCUGCUCGUCCUGCUCUGGGCCUUCUUCUGCGUCAUCAUUGGCAUCUACUACCAAACGAUGCUGACGUCCAAGCUGUCCGUGCCCGUGUACGGCCGGCCCAUCGGCUCGCUGGAGGCGCUGGCGCUGUCGCGGUUCCGAGUGAAGUCCGCGAGCGGCACUGCCGCCACCGUUUACCUGGAGUCCUUCCGCGGCAGCGAGUCCGUCCUCGGCCGCAUCCCCGAUAAGAUGUCGCUGUUCCCGAUCGAGCAGCUGACGAGCAGCACUGCGCCGCUCGAGAACCACACCGCCUACAUCAACGAGCUCUCGCACUUGCGCCACGCGCUCUGGCGCCGCCCCGAUCACGACCUCUUCUACAUCUCGCGCGCGCGCUUCUUCCAAACGGGCCUGGCGUGGCCGGUGCGCCAAGGAGCCUGCUUCGUGUCGCAGCUGAACGACGCGGUCAUGCAGCUGCUGCAGUCGGGCCUGGUGGAGCUGUGGCUGCGCGCGGCGCGACUCGACGAGCCCGACAUCUCGGCGGCGCCCCGACCGCUCACGCUGCGGGAUCUCUCGGCCGCGCUGCUCGUGCUCCUGGUGCUGAGCCUGCGCAGGACGGAGCAGGCCCGCACUGCCUGGGCGCGGCUAGGACGACGGGCCGGCCUGCUGCGGGCCGCCCUGCCCCCGCCGGAAGCAGGCAACGUCCGGCACGACGACACCCGACCCGGCUCCGGCUCCGGCUCCGGCUCCGGCUCCGGCUCCGUACACGGCUCCGGACCCCACCAGGCGAAGCAGCGGCACUGA